UGCCCAUCAAUCGGGGAGUGAAUUGGGAUUGCCGCGGGAGGCGGCGGCGGCGGUGGUGGCGGUUCCGGCGGUCGGUCUUUUUCCGCCGCUGUCCGCAGCAGCUCCGGCUCCUCCAUGGCCGCUGCGGUCCCUGGCGCGGUUCUCCCUGCCGUGCCGGGAGUGGGGGAGGCCGUGUCCGUGGAGGUCAGGCCCGGAGGCUUAGGACCCCCGCCUCCUUGAGAAGAAGGAGCCGAAAUGGCAACGCUGGCCGCGCAGGUGAUUCCUUAUCUUUCCUGAUCACUGUCUCCAAAUACUUUCUAAAUGAACAUUCCUGUUACUCUCAAAUUGCUGGAAAUGGCCAGUCCAGCCAUCAGCCCUGACUCUUCUUCCCAUGAAGGACUUUCUUCUGUCAACUCAAUGCCUGCAUGUUCCCCUACUUCCGAUUCUGAGAAUCUGAGCCCAGAUGAGUUGGAGCUCUUAGCCAAGUUGGAAGAACAAAACAGGCUUUUGGAAGCUGAUUCAAAGUCAUUACGUUCUAUGAAUGGCUCACGAAGGAAUAGCGGGUCGUCUUUGGUGUCCAGUUCUUCUGCAUCAUCUAAUCUGAGCCAUCUUGAAGAAGAUACCUGGAUCUUAUGGGGAAGGAUUGUCAAUGAAUGGGAAGAAUGGCGGAAAAGAAAAGAGAAGUUACUCAAGGAACUCAUAAGGAAAGGAAUCCCUCACCAUUUCCGAGCAAUUGUUUGGCAGCUUCUGUGCAGUGCCACAGACAUGCCUGUGAAGAAUCAGUAUUCAGAGUUGCUGAAAAUGUCUUCUCCUUGUGAAAAGUUAAUCAGAAGAGACAUUGCCAGAACAUAUCCCGAACAUGAGUUCUUCAAGGGGCAAGACAGUCUGGGCCAGGAGGUUCUCUUCAAUGUUAUGAAGGCUUAUUCUCUAGUAGACCGUGAGGUUGGAUACUGCCAAGGUAGUGCAUUCAUCGUGGGACUGCUGCUCAUGCAGAUGCCAGAAGAGGAGGCCUUCUGUGUAUUUGUACGGCUGAUGCAAGAGUAUAGACUACGGGAAUUAUUCAAACCCACUAUGGCCGAGUUAGGACUCUGUAUCUAUCAGUUUGAAUAUAUGCUGCAGGAACAACUACCUGAGCUGAAUAUCCACUUCCGCUCCCAAAGCUUUCUCACCUCUAUGUAUGCAUCAUCUUGGUUUCUUACACUCUUCCUCACUACUUUUCCUCUACCUGUGGCCACACGAGUAUUUGACAUCUUUAUGUAUGAGGGAUUGGAAAUAAUCUUUCGUGUAGGAAUGGCUCUUCUGCAAUUCAACCAAGCUGAACUGAUGCAACUGGACAUGGAAGGAAUGUCUCAGUAUUUUCAGAAGGUGAUUCCUCAUCAGUUUGACAGCUGUCCUGAUAAGCUGAUCUUAAAGGCCUAUCAAGUCAAAUACAAUCCUAAGAAAAUGAAACGACUGGAGAAAGAAUAUACUGCAAUAAAAAACCGGGAAAUGGAAGAACAGAUUGAAAUCAAGAGGCUCCGUACUGAGAACCGCCUUCUGAAACAGCGAAUUGAAACCCUGGAGAAGGAGAGUGCUGCCUUGGCAGAUAGAUUGAUCCAGGGCCAAGUUACUCGUGCACAGGAGGCUGAGGAGAAUUACAUUAUCAAGAGGGAACUGGCAGUUGUGAAGCAACAAUGCUGCUCUGCUACAGAGAAUUUGCAGAAGGCGCGAAGCACCAUUCAGCAACUUCAGGACCAACAAGGAAAUCCCCGCUACUCUGAGGAAUUUGUGAGCCACCUGGAAACAGAACUGGAGCAAUCGCGCUUGAGGGAAUCUGAAACUCUGAGUGCUCUUAAAGAGAUGCAGGAUAAAGUUCUGGACAUGGAAAAGAAAAACAGCUUGCUUCCAGAUGAAAACAAUGUGGCCCGGCUACAGGAAGAACUGAAAGCUAUGAAGUUGCGGGAGUCUGAGGCAAUGAAAUCCUUCAGAGAGCUGCAACAGCAAGUGAAGGAGCUCAAUGACAAUUGGCAGGUUCAUCUGAGCCGGACCGGAGGGCGGUGGAAGGACUCUCCACGAAAGAAUACAAUAAAUGAUCUCCAAGAUGAACUGAUGAACCUCCGUCUGCGUGAGACACAGGCUCAGGGCGAGGUCCGGGAGUUGCAUCAAAGAGUGGUAGAGCUUGAAACCCAGGAUCAGAUUCACAGCAACCUCCUCAAUCGGAUGGAACAGGAGUGUUCUGGGCUGCACGAAAAGGUGCAGUACUUCACAGCCCAAAACAAAGGGUUGCAGACGCAGUUGAGCGAGACCAAACGCAAGCAUGCUGAAUCUGAGUGCAAGGUGAGUUUGCCCAUUCAACAGUACCAAGCUAUUCCAGAUCCUAAGCGGGUUUCACAGUGCCGAAUGCCAAACCAUUGUGGCUGCUGCCCCAGUGCCUUGUCUUUCUCUCUCCUACAGAUUCGGCUAAUGAAAGGACAGAAGCCUUUUGAGGACUCCAUGGGCUUUGAUGGCAUACAUAUUGUGAGUCACCUGGCAGUGGACGAUGACUCGCUGCAUUCUUCAGAUGAAGAAUUGCUGACCAGCCCUAUGGUAGUGGGUGCCCUGCAGGAUGUUUUGUAUCCACUGUCUCCUCACAACACACACUUUCUGCACGGGGCUGAAAGCUCUGGUAAGGAGAGUGAUGGCACCACGGAUAGCGACCCUGAUGAGCCUACCUCUGCCGCUGAGGCCAAUGGUGAGAUCAUCUUUGCAGAGGCCCUGGGCAAAUGAGGAGUCAUGCUGCCAUCCCAACUCAGUCAGUUGAUCCCCUGGUCCUGUUGUGUAACUAAGAAGUCAGGGACCCGAUGGAACUGAGCCUUCGGCCCAGUGAGUAUCCUGGCUCAGAUGUGGCAUGAAGUGUCCUACGUGAACAAAUAUGGAUUGUUAUCAGCACUGCCCUUUUUUUCAGCUUUGCCACUGGGAGUUAAAAUCCAAAUCCAGGUAUUGGCCUCAUCCAUGUCCUGCUCUCCACACUUUUUUUCCCCCCUUCUCUACACAAAGAUUUGCACAGAUGAGGACUGUGAAGGGGCAGCAGAAGCAAUCAAUCCACAGAUUCCCUAAAAUGCAGCCUAGCUGUAUUCCAUCUCUGUCUCCUUGCUGUGCUCGGAGGAGGGAAAAGGAUUGGUCUUCCCUUUAUUUAUAUUUGUCUCCUAGCAUGCUGCUGUGCAUCCAGAGGAGAAAACUGAGUGCCUGCAUAAUUGUAUGUAAAUUUCCACCCUGGAAAAGGACAAGAAGGAGAAAUGAGCUUCUGAGGAGGUGAUUUGUUCUAGUGAGGGAGAUAAUAUUUUUGUUCCUGUUUAUUAUUUAUUUUUUAGAGUGCAAUUACUAAUCCAACUCUUCGAAAACUUCGAUGGUUUUGAGGGCUUUUAUAUGGAGGAGCCAAAACUGCUUCUGUACGUAAUCAUACAACAGUUUCUAUUUAACUACGUAAAGGGAUAUGCUUUACUAACUCCACUUUUAUAUCAUAUUUUCAAACUUUGUUUUUUGCAGCAUUCUGGCUCGGUGCCUAAUUGGCUCGGACAGGAAGACAGUCCAUCAGUGCACAUGCACAUGCAUGCACACAUACAUACUUCUAUAAUUGAAGUGGGGACAGGGAAAUACGUUAGGAAGCUGCUGUUUGAUUCAUGAGAUCAGUAUUAAUUGCUAAAUUUUCAGGCAGCUGAGAAUUUGACAGUGUUACUGUGUGGCAAGAGAUGAAUAUGUGGGAUAUCUAGAUAGCUGAUUCUGCCAAGAUUAAAAAAUGAAGGCCAUCGAGGGCUCAAAUUUGAGUUACAUAUCAAGUAAAAAAAAUAAGUUUCCUGAUAUGUUUGCCUCCAAACAUUAUUAGGGUAGGGAUAGCAAGGGAGAACCAGCAGGCAAGUUAUGCUUAACCCUUAUGUGUUUACUGAUGAUUCUGUGCCAAUGCUCUUCGGUUCCAUUACGCCUUGGGAGCAUUGGGUUGUGUAAAAUGUAAUUCUGCUCCAAGGAGCAAUUCCUUGCAGAAACAAGCCUCCUCUUGAAGAGAGAGAGAGAGAGAGAGAGAGAGUGUGUGUGUGUGUGUGUGUGUGUGUGUGUGCGUGCCAGUGUGUGUUUAUGAGGGAGGUUGGGGGCAAGGCAGGGUAGAGAAAAGAACAUGUUUUCUUAACAGAAUUAGCGAAAGGCUUGCUGGCAGCCCACUUCAUGACGGUUGGCAAAGAAAGAACCCAUAAUUUAUGCGGGGAUUCUAAUGAAGAAGGGUUUGAAUUAAAACUGUAGGUGCGUAUUUCAGCUGGAAAUAUUACAGUCAUUGCAGUGCUCUUUGUGAUUCAGUUUCAUACUCGGUUUGCUGCAAAAAGGCUUGUUCUUCACAAAGGGGGUGGGGGGGUGGGGCAACAGUAGUUGAGAAACAUCAGUGGAGAGUAUUACACAGGAGCACUGCAUGUUUUCUGAAGCUACAAACGAUGCUGAAGUUGGGACUGCCUCUUCAUUUUUGAAGCACGGAACUGAAGACGGUAGUUUUAAUUUUGUCCCCUUUCCUGAACAGAGUCCGUGUUUAAGAGUAUUAAAGCUACUGUGCCACAGCAUGCUUUGGGGGGGAUUGGUGUAGCACCCAGACAUCACUGCAAGUACAAUUUCAGACACUCCCCCACACCCCAAAAGUUAGGGCAGGGCAGAAAAUGCCUUUGAAAGAUAGGCAGUGCUGUUUCUUCCCAAUUAAAUUAAGAAGUUGUGCGGGUUUUGAAACACUUAGCAUUGCAAGGUAUCUGAAUAAAGGUAUUGUUAAAACUUAUGAUGUUGCAGCUGAGAAUAAAGUUCACCUGACACUAGAAGAUGGAAAGGGUUUCACAGAAGGUCUAUGAAAGAGGCUGGGCAAGUGCAGAAGGUGGAAGAUGUGAGGCUUUGGCCCUGCCAAGAAGGUAGGCAAUGUUGUUAAGCAAGAUCUGUGGUUGUGGAUGGCCAUCGACUUAACAGGUUUUGGAACUGGGGAAUGAAAUAAUUCCUCCUCUCAGGGAAGGGCCAUUCCUUGCUACGGAUGUGUUUUCUUCAUCCUCUGCUCAAUUUUUUUUCCCUUUCUCAUCUGUAUAAACCAAUCUGCCUUUUAAGUUUACCUAAAAAUUUAAAGCUUGCAACUUUAUUAAUAACUGACCACGUUCUGUAUCAGACACAUAGGCCUCUCUUUUUGGAAGAAUUCUCCAUGACCCCUUCCUUGGCCUGGGUUUGGGAGAAGCUGUUUGGAUUUUCCAAGGGCUUUUUUAGCUCCAAAUCAGUGAGGGUAAAUCAGUGUUUGUGAAAGGGGAAGCAAACCUCCAAAUGCCUAGCCACUAAUCAUGUGGCUGGCCCUGAACUAGUGAACAGAAAUAAACACACACACACACACACACACACACAUGUACAGAUAAGUGUGUAUAUAGUAUGCCUAGUGAAAGGCACCACUUUGGCAUAAUCUUGUGUAUUUUAUAUAUACAUUUUACACACAUACCGAUACAUCCACACUACACUGUAAUACUAAAAUUUUGUAAUUUAUCCUUUCAUUAGUCAGUCUCACAUAGAGAUCAUUGGAAUAAUACGUGGUCCAGAUGAGUUCAGUUUGCAUUGUUGUUUUGAUCUGCUUGCAUCGGUCUGAAGCUCUCCCUUCCCCCCUGCUAGCAGUGGGCACAUGUUUGCAAUGUUGGAUGGCUUGUGAAACUGUUUGCCAGUUGUGCAUAAUACCCAGCAAUUGUGGCUAUUUGUUUUGUGUAGUGCUAUCUGAAUGCUUACUGCCUCCAAAAUUACAAGUUAGGAAGACCUUUUUUUAAAAAAAUAUGAAGUAAAUCUAUUGACUUUACUUUUUUGCAGUUGCACUGAAGUAAAUGAAAGGAGAUGGUUCAAACCAUAUCCAUUUUUCCCCCCAAUUUGGUUCAAGAUUGUUGUUAAAUUUAAGACUUGAUUCAUUUGGCUGAUUUGUCCUUUAAAGUUCAUUAGGGCACAGCCUUGAUUACAGUAAAGGCUGCUAACCUAUUCUAUACAAAUUAUUCAGGGUACUGCAGCUUUUUCCCAGUGUUUAGAUCACAGCUGUAGAGCCUUAUAAUACAGUUCAUUAAAUGAUGCCACAAACUCCGACUUCCCACUCUUUAUUGCUUCUACUUGUAUAGAAGCUUGAAGAAAACGAUAACUUUCUUUUUCUUCCAUGCUAGUAAAUACUAGGAACUACAGGAUAUAUUAGAAGUGUUUCGGUCUAAUUUCUCAGAGAUCCAUGCAACAUCAGAGCAUACGAGCUGAAAUUUUCCUUUUGCAGAGGAGGAUUAUACUAUACCAGGAAAUAGUAUAGCAUGCUUUUGGAGUUCUGGAUAAUAAAUGUAAAACCAUGUGAUAAAUAUUAUUACAUAAAAUAACUUGCAAUGAAACCUAUAGAAAAUUAAUAAAAUAAGUAUUAGGAGCAAGAGAUGGGAAAUCUAAUUUCAUCACAGCAAAGUGCAGGAAACUUACCUGUUCAAGUUGCAUAAUGUGUUGUUUUUGGUUGAGUUUGAUUAGAUACCAGAUUUCAUGAAUAAACCACAGUGUAGUGAAUUACAUUAGGUCAUGAAAAACAUAGCUUCAAUUUUAGCAGAAUGAGCUUGAUUUUACCAAGUGAACUAUAUGUCUAGUUCUUCAUAAAGAAUGCAUUUCUAUCAAGCUAUCGACAACCCUCAGCCCACCCCAUUCCUCUGCUGGAUAUAAAUUAUAGUGUCUCCAAGGAAUUUUAUUUUUUCUUUUUCAAAGUACAGGCCUAUUAAAAAUCAUCCAUCCAUAGGAUCCAUAGCAAGUCCAUUAGAAGAAAAAGUACAGCCAGCCAAUCUUGGUAACCAAGAAUCAAACACAUUUGCUUUUUAUCUGUAUUUUCCAGCAAAAGUAACUGCCUAAUUGGGGUGUGGGUGUCUCUGUUAUAUUCUGAAAGGAACUAUAUAGGAACUAUUCUGAACAUAGUUGUGAGUUUCCAAGCCAAGCUAUUUGUGAGACAGUCAUUUGCUUCUUUUAAAGUUUUCUAUUUCCCUUAACAAGAAGUAUUACAAACAAAAUUUAAAGGAUGAAGCCAGUUUUUAAUGCAGUGGUUCUUGUGUGUUUUUCUCCCUUGCAUUUCCUUUUGUGGCUAUUCUUCAGGCCUUUAUUUUUUUUUCCCAGUGAAGGUGCCAAACUCACUCAGUCCUUUGGCCAAUGGGACAGCCACAUAUAUAUAUAUAUUUUAAAAAUAAAUAAAUUUUCAGCAGAAUUUCAGCGAGGGAGGAAGCAAAACACCAUUUUUAAGGUGCAUUUUUGUCAUGAGUUUCCACAGGUAUCUCUCCUCUUACCUUAUCUUCUGUGGAUUCCCUUGUACAUCCCUCCCCCAAGUAUUUAUAUGAACACAAAAUCAUGAGGAAUCUUGUGGUAGGCCUCACAUUCUGAUGCUGAGAAAGCAGACCUACUUAUAAAGUAGGUUUAACACAGUAUCUUAAAGUAGACUGUUACGUUGCCCCAGCAGAUUAUUUUGGACAGGCGAGGCGGAAGAUGGUGCUUGUGGUAGCUACCAGCAUACUUCAAUUUGCACUUUCAUGCGGUUUUUCUUUAGAUUUCCUUCUACAGAGAAGGAAAUCAAUGUGGUGCUCUUUUAGGACUGGGAUUGGGAUUACUUCUAUUCUCCCCCCCAGGAUUGACACUAGAAUUUGAGUUACAGGUAGUCCUUGAUUUAUGACCACAAUUGAGCCCAAUGUUUGCUAAGUGAAACAUUUGUUAAGUGAGUUGGGCCCAUUUUAUGACUUUUCUUGCCACAUUUGUAAAGUGAAUU